UUUCUCUGUACGUUUAGAAACCAAAUGAAGACUUCAGCGCUUUGGCUUGAACGUCAAGACAAUUUUUAUAUUAUUUUUCGAUAUGUGAAGUUAUGUGAAUUUCAGGAAUAGGUGUAGGAUUUCAGUAGUUCGUUGUAAUUUAUUCAAAUGACAAGCAUGGUGAACACGUAAUAUCCGAGCUAGAUUAUUUCUACAUAGGAAGCCUGCAAGCCUAUGUACAAACAAGCAGUGUGCUUAUUGCUGACCGUCUGUACUUUUCAUGUUUGCGAUGCAGGAUAAAUUAUCACCGGAAAAGCCGAUGCAAGAACAUCUCGGAAACUCCCCGGCGUUCUUUACACAUCUGCUAUAAAAGUGCCAUGGGGAAUUCAACUGAAAUACUUUUUGUUCUACAAGGACUGAGUGAGACAGUGUCAAGCAAGCGCACAUACUUUAUCCUCAUUCUUCUUGUUUACCUUUUUACUCUUUUAGCGAACCUGACUUUGAUUGGGACUGUUAUUUUGGAGAAAACGCUACAUGAGCCCAUGCUUGUAUUCGUGUGUAACUUGUGUGUAAAUGGUGUACUUGGUGCCUCUACUUUUUAUCCUAAAAUAUUGAUGGACCUUUCAUCUGACUUGAGUGUUACGUCGUAUGAAGCUUGUCUGGGUCAAAUUUUUGUAUUAUACAGCUACGCCCUCUGCGAAUAUACUACGUUGGCAGUGAUGGCUUAUGACAGGUAUAUCGCGAUAUGCAAGCCGCUCAAUUACCACUCCAUCAUCACGCCAGGGAAGGUGAUGAAAUUGCUGUUUUUUACCUGGUUUUCAUCCAUCUGUGAAUCAGUAGUUGUGGCGAUACUGAUAGCCAGACUGCCCCUCUGUGGAUUCAACAUCGACAAGAUUUACUGCACAGCCUGGUCCGUGAUAAAGCUGUCAUGUGUGGACACCACAAUCAACAACAUAUACGGGUACAUUGUCAUGAUUUUCCACGGUUCACAAGCUGUACUGGUCGGAAUUUCCUAUAUUCAUAUCAUCAGGGCAUGUGUUCGAUCGCCGAAAGAACGGAGUAAGUUCAUGCAGACCUGUUUGCCCCAUUUAAUCGCACUGUCCAACUUCUUCAUCGCACUCGCUUUUGAUCUCAUGUACACGCGCUAUGGUCCCACCGACCGUCUGCACGCUCUCCGCAAUUUCAUGUCCCUGGACUACCUCAUUAUUCCACCGCUCCUAAAUCCCCUCAUUUAUGGCCUGAGACUGAACCAGAUCCGCCGGAAAAUCUUUAGGAUUUUCGGCCGGAAAACACAUGCUCUCAAAUGAACAUUUGUACUUUGUUCAGCCAGGAAAAGCAACAUCCCCCUACAAAUGUUUUCAUAAAAAUGACACCAGCACAAAAAAUAUUAUGAACAGCGUAACAAAAGGAUUCUAAGAUGCAGCACAGUUUAGUUUUAGAUAUUCCCGGAAGUAAUAUAAGCCUAUCUUGGAAUAGUGGCCUUGUUUGGUUUACAUUAUUUUUUUAGAUUCACGCAAAACUUUUGCUGGGCAUGGGUUGUGUUGCCUUGUGUAUGAAAACAUUGCCCUCAUGGUACAUUCAGAGAUGGAAAACUCAGGCAGAUGCAAACUGUGUUGAGACUGCUAUUUAUAUUCAAAAUAGUAAAAAAUGUAGGUUGCAUUUUAAGUUCCAGUGAUAAAAAUAAAAAUCAUAAUGUUCCUAUGUUUCACCAAAAUUACUCCUUCUCUUAAAUAUUUACAAAAAUAUCACCAAAUGCAUACAUAUUUCUUUGAUUUGGCAUUGAAUAUGUAGAAAAAAUGUUUUUAAUGAGGUCUGUUGUUAUUUAACUUUUUUAAUGUUGGUGUUCAGUCAGUGUCGGGGAAACCUAGUCUUUGCUAUUAUUUUUUCUCUUUAUCCUAUGACGCAUGGUGCAGACAGAUGCAGACACUUUAAGGCCAAAUGAGGUAAUCAGCGGAAAGUUUUGUUUGAAGAUCACAGUGGUGAGAAGUUAUUGGUGGACACAUUCUAUGCACGUGCCCUUCGUCUGGGGAUCCUGAUUGUAGCCAAUAAAAUAUGUAUGGCACAGACAGUUCCUCAAGAGUUUUCUUGGAUUGCCCAUGAGGAGCUCUGCCUGUGU